AUGCGGCGAAUGAAUGACGACGACUUCAAGGAACUUGAAGUCGGACUAAGGCCUCUGGGAUGGGGAAUUUACUAUGUCUGGAACGCAUUCGCUGAUAGUGAUGAUCACCCUGAAUGGAGGACCGGUGUUGACAUGAAGGGCUGGACUCUGGCCUACAAUGAUGACGACGAUCUCGUCUUCCUGAAGACUGAGGGGUACAAUUAUGCCUACUUCGCCCACAACAGCGCACCCGGUGGGGCGUACUUCUCGCUUAAAGACUUCUGUGUCAAGUCGCGCGAAUCGGACCACCAGUUUAAUGUGAUGAGCAUGCAAGAAGGUUAUGGUUACACAUGUGACCGAGAUCAAAUGGUGGAGUGGGCUCGACGCUGGAGUGGUUACGAGGUGACGGGAGAAGAGAAAGAGUAUUACAUGGCAUUGAUCAAAGCCGCGCAGGAGGGCGAAGGGCAAGAGACUUAG